ACUAUCAUGCAGCAUCAAUCAAUGUUUGAGAGCUUGUGUGAGUGAUGCGGGUAAUGUCAAUUAUACACCAUCAAUCAUUCGUGUGCGUGAAGCGGCUCCCUGGCGUUCGUUCAAAUAUCCGUCAGUCAGCGCGCGGCGAGCGCAGGCGAUGGACGAAAGCGUAACGUCCCUCGCAUCCCGCCCCGUGAGCGUAAACACCCCACCCCCACUCAUAUCCUAUUCGCUGAAACAAGAAGUAGAUUAUGAUACACCGGAACUAGAAGAGGAAAUUAAUCCACUGGAGCAAGAUGAACUAAUUACAAUAGACCAAGAAGAUGAUUGUAAUUCGCUUGAGCCAGAAAAAGAUUUUAUAUUGACGUUUGAAACCCUUCCAGUGUUGUGGGAUACGAAAAACCCCCACUACACAAAUAAAUACAGAAGGAACAAGGCUUUGGCUAAGUUGGUGCCAAUAUUGAAGAAAACUAAACCGAUCGCAACUAUUCAGGAUGUUAAAAAGAAAAUUAAUAGUAUAAGAUCUAAUUAUCGAAGAGAGCUGAGGAAAAUAAUCGCAUCGCAACAACCAGGAGUUAAAGAAGGCGAUGUAUAUAGACCAAAAAUAUGGUACUUUCCAUAUCUUAACUUUUUAAGGAAAUUGGAACAACGACAAUCUUCGGCCCAUCAGAAUGAAGACGAUCCUGAUGAUGAAAAAAGCCAACGAUUGCAUGAAAUUUCCCAAGUUGGAACGUCAUUUUCAUCAGUAAUUAUUCCAGAAACAACAUCUUCUAGAAUAAAAAAGAGGACUAGUCGAGGACAAUUGAUAGAUGUUCCAAGUCCAAGCUUACCGAAGCUAUGCAACGAAUCUUGCCAACCGAAGAAAAUAUCCAAUCAUAUAGUUUUGGAAUGGGCUGAUAUAUUGGAAAAACUUGAUCCUUUGCAACGUCUGUAUGCAAAAAAAGCUAUCAACGAUGUUCUUUUUGAAGCUGAACUAGGCAAUUUACAUAAACAUUCAGUAAAAAUUAAUGAACCAAUCCCAAAUUUUACAUUGUCAUCCCCACAAUCAUCAUCAGUGAAAUCUCCGCCAUCCCCAACUUCACCCUGAGUAUUCGAUCACUGAUGUUACUGCUAUUAUGCUAAGUGUUAUCUAGAUUAUAAAUCUAGAUAGUGACCAUAAGGCUGAUCCAUUUUAUUCUAAUAUGACGUAUUCAAAAAUCUAAUCAUACUGUAAACUGAUAUCUCAGGACAAAAGAUUAUUCAAAAAAUACCCAAAUAUGUUAAGCAAAGAUAUUAAUAAUUAUUAUGAAUAAAACAAAAUAUAAUAUUGGAUAAACAAAGUAUUAAUUUUUAAAUCGUUAGAUCAAGGGGCAUGAGUAAGAAUGGUUUCAGAUAUUCGUAAAAUGGACUAACU